AUGAGAAGGGCACUCCUUUCAAAGAACAAAGUAAAAUUCAUUGAUGGGUCAAUCAAGAAACCCAAAAGAGAUGAAGACCUGUUUGAUUCAUGGGAAAGAUGCAACAUGAUGGUGCUCUCAUGGAUUAUUAAAACACUUUCUCCCCAAAUUGCGGAAAGUGUAAUAUAUGUUGAAGAGGCAAAAGAAUUGUGGGAUAAGUUAAAAGAAAGAUUUUCUAAGGGGGAUUAUUUUAAAAUUUCUGAUCUUCUUCAAGAUAUCCACUCAAUCAAACAAGGGGAAAGGAGUGUCAAUCAGUUUUUCACUGAUCUGAAAAUUCUUUGGGAGGAAUUGGAGACCCUUAGACCCAUACCUAACUGCACUUGCAAAGUUUCCUGCAACUGUGAACUCUCCAAGAUCUUUCACAAGUACAGAGAAGUUGAACAUGUCAUUUGCUUCUUGAAAGGACUCAAUGAAACUUACCAUACUGUUCGUACCCAAAUCCUUCUGAUGGAACCCCUCCCAAACAUAAAUUGUGCCUUUUCUCUUAUUAUACAGCAAGAAAGGCAAGAAAGAUCUGACAUUUCUCAUCCUCAACUUGCUGAGACAACAAAAAUUCUUGCCACUGUCAAUAACAGAGGCAGCAAUUUGAGGGGAGACCAGAACUGGAAAAAUCAGGGUUGUGGCUCUGGACAGGGAAGAGGCAGAGGCAGAAAUGCUAACUAUGGGAAGCAAUGCUCAUACUGCAACAAAAUGAAUCACACUGUGUAUGAAUGCUACUCUAAACAUGGUUAUCCACCUUGGUAUAAAAAGAAUGACGGGAAUACUGAAGUGAAGGGAAGCUGGAAUUCAGCCAAUGCUUGCCAGAACACUACUGGACAAGAGACAGAUAAGAAAAACAGCACAAGUACUGCCUUCAGUUCAUUGACACCUGAACAAAUGCAGAAGCUUCUCAAGAUGAUUGAGAAAGCUGAUGAGCCAAGCCAUAAUAUCAAUCACGUGUAG